GACAGUAAAAUAUUUAGAGGUUGUUGACUGGUAAACGUAAACGAGGGGUUGUUUCAUAACUCCUGAGAGAAGUAUAUAUUCUGAUGAAAUCCAGAGAACAAAACAGCAACACAAGGCAGAGAAAAAACUGCCUACUGUUGUAAAAAAAUACCUAUCAGGAUGGGGAAGGGAAUUUAUUUCUUCAUCACAGCAGCUCUAGUUUGCUCUGCUGUCCAGGGUAACCACCAUCAUCACAGUGAUGAUGAUCAUGCUCACGGUAAAGGGCAUCACCAUGAUCACGGGCAUCACCACGAUCAUGGGCAUCACAAAGGUCACGGGCAUCACCAUGGCCACAAGCAUCAUCACAAUUACAGUUUAGAGGUACAAUCUGCAAAUGCUAAGUUUGCCUUCAGCUUGUAUAAACACAUUGCUGCACAGCCAGAUGCACAAACUAAAAACAUCAUCUUCUCUCCCCUGAGCAUCUCCACUGCCCUUGCUAUGCUGUCAUUGGGUGCAAUGGGCAAGACGCAUAAUGAGCUGUUCCAAGGUCUCGGUUUCAAUAAAACUGACACCACUGAAGCAGAAGUGAAUGAAGCCUUUGAACAAAUCCUCCAAAGUCUGAAUCAGAAGAAAGAACUGGACCUGUCUGUUGGAAAUGCAAUGUUCAUCCGUGAGAGUUUCAAACCUCUUUCAAAAUUUCUGGAGGACAUUAAACACUAUUUUCACUCAGAAGGUUUCACUGUUGACUUCACCAACACCACUGCAGCGCUGCAUUUGAUUAACAAGUAUGUUGAGGACAAAACUCAUGGCAAAGUCCCACAUUUCUUAGAUGACCUGAAUGCGGAUACUCUAAUGUUCCUUGUUAGCUACAUAUAUUUCAGAGGUAAAUGGGAAAUUCCCUUUGAUCCAAGGGACACACGUGAAGAUGUCUUCCAUGUAGAUGAAAAGACAACUGUUCCAGUCCAGAUGAUGCAUAAUGAUGACUCAUUUGAUGUUUAUUAUGACAAAGAGGCUUCCACUCAUGUUCUGAGGCUUGGCUACAAAGGAGGAGCCUCAAUGAUGCUCCUUCUGCCUGAAAAAGGAAUUAAGGAUUUGGAGGAGACUUGGUGCAGAGAGCAUCUGGGGAAAUGGCACAGAUCAGUGAAAAAACGACGAUAUUUAUUGAGUGUGCCAAAAUUUUCAGUUUCAACAUCUUAUUCACUGAAGGACGUCCUGUCUGAAAUGGGAAUGAGGGAUAUGUUUGAUCAAAGUGCAAACUUUUCGGGAAUAGCAAACGAAAAUUUGGCUGUUUCAAAGGUUGUCCACAAAGCAACACUAGAUGUGGAUGAAAUAGGAACUACAGCAACUGGAGUCACUGGUGUAGAAAUUAUACUUACUAGUUUGCCUCCAAGCUUGACUUUCAAUCGUCCUUUCCUUUUCAUAAUUGGUAAUCAUGAAACUAGGAGUGUAUUUUUCAUGGGAAAAAUAGUCAAUCCUACAGAAAAAUAGAGGACAAGAUGUACACCAAAAAUAUUCACAAUCAUGGUAAAGAAAAAAAAAAGGAAUAUUUGUCACUGUUGGACAUCUGGAAUCAAUUCCUUAUUGGGCACAUUUUUCAUAUCCAGCUUCUCUAGUUCCCUCACAAUAUCUGUUAAUCUUGGCAUUUUUUGUAACAGUACAUCACUUAAAAAUGAAUGGCUAUGUCAGGCUAACUAUCAGCCUAUCUUGUCCUUUUCUGAAUAAAGCUCAACUUACAUCACAGUAAGUAACUGUUAUCCUUUUGGAGGCCCAUAACAAGAAGUAUACCAAAAUCAAAAUAAUUUAUGGAAUCAGUCUACAACAGAGCCUUUUUUGUGAAAAAUAUAACCUCUAAAUACCACUGUAAUCAACAAGUACUGUUGUAAACCCAUGCUCACACUUUACCUCAGAUUUCUAGAGAUUUUAAACAAGAACUUAACAUUUAUAGUUCCAUAGUGACUGUGUCUGCUGCUCUUUAUUACCAUGUAUGAACAGUUGAAAAUUGGAGGGUGUUAUUUGGCUCACCUAGCCUGUUGGGUAAAUAAAUAGGGAUGUGGUUUUAUAUGGAGAAUUCAGAUGUGAAGUAGAAACGUCUUGAUCAUCAAUCAAAUGCUCUAUUUUGAGCUAUGCCCUAAUUACUGUCUUCUGACCUAUGAAUUUAAGAUGUUAUUAGAAUAAAAAUAUAUAUAUUUUUAAAUUAUAAUGGUCCCUGCUGGUCCCUGAGUACCCCAUUCAAACACAGUGUGAUGCUACAACAUGAAGAGAAAUAAAAUUGUUUUCGUAAACCAUGAAUAAUAGUAAAUAUCUCCAAAUCUUUAACUUGGUACAGCUACACAUUUUCCCUUUGUUUCCAUCUACUAUGAAUAGGUACUAUUUUUAUUUUCCUUGAAGCAAGAUAGCGCUCAUUUGCUUUUCACUAGGUCUUCCUUUCGAAAUCAUGACAUGUUGACACAAGAUUUACCUUAAUAUUAAAUUUGCCUUAAGUUAGAUAAAAACUGCCGAGGAGCCAAUUCAAUUGUAAAAACGUUUCUGCAAUAAAACUGGCUACAUGUACAGUA